CAUUUGCCGAGAUCUUCCAGAGUUCACUAACCAGGAGUCUGGAAUCACCUCUACUAGUUCUUUUCCUGGGAAGUAGUUCAUCUGAGUCUGGCAACUUAAGUUCACUGGGGACAGCUGGUACUCUCUUGUUUCCUCAUUUAUCUUGUUUUCCACUCCUUUCUUACCAUUUUUGUUCUAUCUUUCAUGAGCCAAAGAUCAUUCUCCCCGAAGAAGUCUCCCAAAGUAUCAAAUAGGAGGAGAGAAUCGCAUUUGAAUGACUUCCUGUUUUCUUGCCGCCUGCAGAAUGAAGUGACACAGGAGAAAAGGACUCACAAACUCAACCACUCUGGGACUCAAGUUCUGACUGCAAAAAUGAGAGACUGUGGCUACUGAGGAUGUUUUGACUCCCUUCUGGAAAGGGGAGGAGACACUUGAGAGCAUAUAAAAGCCCCAGGACUGGGUCAGUUUUCCAAAUCUCUGCUCAGAGCCUACACUCCAGUUGGAGCUGUGUUCCUGACCAGGAAGCCUCCUAGCAGGAUAGCAAAGCUUGGUGUGGAUAAAGCAUUGUACUUGGGAGUCAAGAAGAACUGAAUUCCAAUCUGACCUCAGACACUUACUAGCUGUACUAUCCCAGACACACUGAAGUCAAGUAUCAAGACGGUCACUUCUCAAGCUGCUGCUGACUAGACGAGACGAUGCUGAGCAUCAAAGCAGAAGGCAGCUUUGUGGUGAAGGUCAGGGGCUUGCCUUGGUCGUGCUCGGCCAGUGAUGUCCAACACUUCUUCUCAGGCUGCAGAAUUCGAAAUGGGGUGGCAGGAAUUCACUUCAUCUAUACCCGAGAGGGGAGACCAAGCGGAGAAGCAUUUGUGGAGCUCGAGUCUGAAGAAGAGGUCGAACUGGCUCUGAAAAAACACAGAGAGACCAUGGCGCACAGAUACGUGGAAGUGUUCAGGUCCAAUGGUGUGGAGAUGGAUUGGACCCUGAAGCGCACUGCUCCCAAUAGUCCUGACCCUGCAGGCGAUGGCUACGUGCGCCUUAGAGGGCUCCCAUUUAACUGCAACAAGGAAGACAUCGUUCAGUUUUUUUCAGGGUUGGAAAUCAUGCCGAAUGGGAUAAUGCUGCAGGUAGACUUCCGAGGGAGGAACAGCGGGGAAGCCUUCGUGCAGUUUGCUUCACAAGAGAUCGCUGAAAAGGCCUUAAAGAAACACAAGGAGAGAAUGGGCCACAGGUACAUUGAAAUCUUCAAAAGCAGCCAGGCAGAAGUUCACACUCAUUAUGAUCUGCCUCAGAAGAAAAUGGUGAGGCAGCGUCCGGGCCCUUAUGACAGACCUCCGACUGGCAGAUACUAUGGCAGCCUCGGGAGAGGAGCGGGGCUUGAGGGAAUGAGGUACGGCGCCCACGAAAUCAUGUACGGAGGCUACGAAGACUACGUUGGAUACAGUAAUGACUAUCACUUUGGGAGAGAUCCCAGGUACUUUUUAGCCGUGUCUGGCGACAGCUACGGAUCCGGCUGGUCUACCUUCCAGAGUCCUGCGGGCCAUUUUGUGCACAUGAGAGGGCUGCCUUACAAAGCUACUGAAAAGGAUAUCUAUGACUUUUUCUCACCACUCAAACCUGUGGGAGCUUACAUUGAGGUUGGAGCUGAUGGCAGAGUAACUGGAGAAGCGGAUGUGGAGUUUGCUACUCAUGAAGAUGCCGUGGCAGCCAUGUCAAAAGACAAAGCAAAUAUGCAGCACAGGUACAUAGAACUCUUCCUCAAUUCCGUAGCAGCAGCAGACAGUGGUGUUUAUGAUCCCCAAAUGAUGGGGGGCAUGGGCUUGUCAAACCUGCCUGGUUAUGGCAGUCCAUCUGGUCAGGAGCUGAAUGAGGCUUCUGGAGGAGCCUACGAUGGGCAGAUCAGCAUGAGCAAAAGUGAUCAAGUUUUACAGGAAAACUCCAAUUUUUCAACCACAUAUUGCAUAGAGAACCAAGGAGAGAUGAACAACAGCUACAACAAUUGGGGGAGCUCUGUUUCUGUGGGAAUGGAUAGAAUGGAAGAAAUAACAGGCAUGUCCAGUAUGGGAAGUGAAUCAGUAAUGUAUCCUGAUUACUAACUCAGUCAACCUUUAAAAAAAAAAAACAAAAAAAACAAAAAAAACAAAAAAAAAACAAAGAAAAAUGAUGUUUUGCAAUACAAGCUUAUGGUUUAUGCUUACUGUGACUGGCAUCAGAAUUGUUUUUUAAAACUUCAAGUUUGAAAUUUUUAGAACACAAGAAAACAUUCAUGAUGUAAUAAACUGAAUAAAGAUUAUAAGUGCUAAGAAAAAAUCCAUUUUUCUCAAGGUAAUUUGUUUUAUGAUUGUGAUUGAGUAUUGAGGUUAAAGACAUCUCAGUUUUGUUAAAUGUUAUUCUUAUGCCAGACUACCAGGAAUGCUAAAAUGCAUUUUGGGAGACAUGCUUAUUAAAAAAAAAAAAAUUGUUUAUUUUCUCAAUUACAUGUAAAAAAAAUUGUUAAUAUUUGAUUUUUUAAAAUUUUGAGUUCUGAAAUCUCUCCAUCCUUUCCUCCUUCCCUGCACCCCCAUUGAGAAGGAAACUAAUGUUUUAUAGAUUAUACAUGUGCAGACAGGCAGCGCAUAUUUCCACGUUAGCCAUGUUGCAAAAUAAAAUGUCAGAAAGAGGGAGACAUGACUGAAAUGACUCAACAACAAAGAAAACAUACCAAAAAAACCAUAAAGUUUAAAAAGUAUACUUUGAUCUUCAUUCAGACUAUCAAUUCAUUCUUUAAAGGCGAACAGCAAUUUUAAUCGUAAGUCCUUCACUGUUGUCUUGGAUCAUUGGAUAGCUGAAAAUAGCCAAGUCAUUCACAGUAGAUGAUCAUACAAUAUUGCUGUUACUGUGUAUGAUGUUCCUUUAAGUGUGAUAGGUGAAGUUUCUCAGAUUUAUUAGAAUAAAUUUGUUUAAAUCCUAGGCCUCAGUUUCAUUUAUCAAAAAUCAUCUGACUUCAGAGAAAACAGGUACUCCAAGUCCCCCUCCCCUGAAUGCUAUUGUGAGACUUUGCCACAUCAGCAGGAGUUAUACCAAAUAAGGUUAUGAAUGCUUUUAUGAGUUUGUAUUAGUUAAUUUCUGUUUCCUUAUUCUUGUAUCUAGGAUAGUUUAGAUUGUGAGCCUACCCUUCCCCCCUGACUGGGAUUGGAAGCCAGUGAAGGGUGGGAGAUUUCCAAGUUAGGGGUAUAUAAUUUGUUGCUUUCCUUCUGUAAUUUGCUUUUCCUUGCCUGACUGCUUGUUGGGAGGGACACUCAAAAGAUCAUAAUAAAAUUCCUUUCUGUUUUCACCUUGAGAAAUUUUCAUUAUUUGAAUUGGUGAUCUUUGUCCCAUAUGCCUUUAUUCUGCUUACUUCACUUUGCAUCAUUUUAUGUCUUUUUUAUUUGUUUUUUAAACCAUCAGUUCCUCAUUUCUUACAACAUAAUACUAUGCCACAGCUUCUUUGGCCAUCCCCCAAUUGAUGGACAUCUCCUGAAUUUCUAACUCUUUGCCAAAUAAAGAACUGUGUGAUUCAAAAGAGAAAUAUGUGACACAGUAAUUUGUUUCCUUUAUCAUCCUAUGAGACUCAUUUAAAGUUGUUUUUGUUUUUUUUUUUUUAAGACAAUGAGGACAAUUUUGAGAAACAAUAUAAAUAUUGUAGGACUUUUGUUCUUGGUAUUUAUAUCAAUUUGUGAGACAUUGAUUAAAUCUCACUACUGGAAUUUCCUUUUAGGCAUGUUGUAUCAAGUUAAACUUGUUAAAUAAAACCUUUUGAAAAUUAAUUGAGGGAGUAGAUCCAAGAUGAUGGAGUCGAUGCAGCAACUCAGCCAACUCAUCUUUUUAAAUUGAUUUUUCUAAUAAUAUGAUGAUGAGAUCUGAUUGAAUGAUUCAGAAUCCACUUGAGAGAGAUGGUUGAGCUUGUCUGUAUUGUCCAUGGGAUCCAUCCUGAGGAACUUGGUAGCUGACUGAUUUAAGGGAAAUUCUUGUCACUUUAUUAGUAUAAUAAUACUGAGCACUGGUUUAAAGUAAUUGCAAGGUUAAAAGAAAUUGUCACUGCUUCAACAAUUUAAAAGCAGAAGAUAUACUGAUUUGCCUAGCAGAAAAACUGUUUGGGGGGAGGGAAGAGCCAUAAGAGUCAUUAGCAUCGAAGCAUUGUUUAGUAGCACAAAUGCAUCUAUACACCUACAGUCCAGAGCUGUAAAUCGUCCUAUACACAUAAACUGUCAUCAUUUAUGUGACUCUGCUAGAUUUCUCUGUGUAUGCUCCCUUUUCCCCAAGCUAUAGUAUGGGAAUGUGAUUCAGAUAUUUCCCUUAUCUUGUGUAUCUGUGAUGUUAUAAUUAUUCUUGUGCUUUUUUUAUCAUUAAAUAAAGUUGUAUGUUUGAACUAA